GUGUCUCUCUCGUCCCAUAGUCCACAGUGCAAGGCUGUCCUGUACUGUUCUGACCAGUGUUCCCAGGCAGACCAGAUCCGCUGUCCAGAGGAUGCCAGUCACCAGCACUGGUGUGAAAAACUGGCCUGCUACAUGAGCCACGACUCACAGCUUGCCGAGCUGCCAUUCAGCUACGCCGCAGAGGUGACAGCUGUUGAUUUCGACCUGGAACACUUCCUGAAUAAGAAUAAACUGGACAGUGGCUACUGGGUACACUGGAGCCUCCUGGUACGCUCCCCCAGAUAUGAGCUCCAUCCCACAUUGGAACAGUCCAGAGAUCAAUACCCCCACUUGUUCACAGGUCACAGUGAGCCCUUUGGACCCCUGAAAAGGGAAGGAGACAUCCUGCUCUGUAGCCCAGCUCCUCAUGCAGUCCCCAGCGUCACCAAACCACUGGUGUUGUGGAGUCAGUACUGUGAGUGGAGGGGUAUCAGUCUGUCCUCUCCUGUGGCUGUUCUUCUCAGCUCCCCUCUAUCCAUCUACUACAUAAUCACGUCGCUGGUGCCCAAAGACUUUCCAGAGCUCAACAUCCAGAAGAAGCAGUCUCUAAAGAUCCACAUCAUCGACUCCUACAGGGAGUUCCACUGUCUCAAGGUGUUCUGGGUAGGACUCCAACGCCUGGGAUUACCACCCUGUUCAUAUCACCACUUCUUCUGCAAUCACUUACCCUUCCUGUGUGUGUGUGUUUUCACUUUCAUCUCCUGCUUCUUCCUGUGAGGCCUCUUUGUCUGGUCCUUGCAGCUCUCAGCAGGGCGUAAACACAGAGAUUAAAACUGACCCCUCCUGUUUCACUUCCCACCCAGAGUAACGUCUGUCUGUCUGUCUGUCUGUCUGUCUGUCUGUCUGUCUGUCUGUCUGUCUGUCUGUCUGUCUGUCUGUCUGUCUGUCUGUCUGUCUGUCUGUCUGUCUGUCUGUCUGUCUG